UGGGUGCCAGGCGUGCGGUGCGGAGAGAGAGCGAGGGACUAUCUGGGGGAGGGACAGUGCAGCGGCCGCCCAGCGCAGCGCUGAGCGCAGGAGAGAACCACACCAGACCAGACCAGGCAGCAGCAAGAAGCAGCUGGCAGCGGCGGCAGGUUAGGGGUUAGGGGGCGCAAAUUACUUGCCUUGCCCCGGGGUUAGGGGGUGCAAAUUACUUGCCUUGCCCCGGGUGCUGACAACCCACGCUACGCCGCUGGAUCAAGCUGCUUCACUGAGCUAUACAGCGUGCUAACAUCCAUGGAUAAGUCAGUAGCGGGACUAACUAAAACAGUUUCUAGAAGAGAUAGGAAUUAUCCGCGUCAUGAUUCUCAAGGCUGCAGCACCGCUUUGAUGUAUUGCAAGGAGAAAGGCACUUUGGCGAAGGAAUUCGUGCGAGUCCUCCUCUGUACAGACGAUGCGCACGCACUGGAGUGUAUGCUCAGUUCACGUGUCCUGGAAAGCCCUGGCGGAUCACGAGGGGUGGAGGCAGAGCAGAGCUCUGCUAGAACGACACGUGUGCGUGUGUGACAAAAGAGUGCAUAACGUUUCAUCGAGGGAGACACGCUUUAUGGGCACAACCUAUUGCGACAGGUGUGGGAGAGCGAGGGAAUGGGCAUUUCAUCUCCUGAGAAAGGGGUUAAGGGCAGAGCGACCAGUUCUCCGCCUCCCCGCGCUAAACGAGUCCGCAAGAAACAAAUAGCAAUCCUCGUUCAAGUUCAUUGCGGAAGUGAUGUCUUCACUUUCGUUUCUGCGGAAUACCUCGGCCGAGAAAGACAGUUCGGGUAGUCUGGCGGCGCUCGGCUGUUUUCAUGGAAGGUGGCGCUGGUGCCUCGGCGCCUCACGCCUCUGCUCCGACCAGUGCCAAGGCGAAAGAGGGAAGUAAGUGCCCGGUUCAUUCCCAUACAGGGGAAGGAGUUGCUGCUUCAGUCUCAGACGGUGUUGGCGGAGUCCCCGCCCCGUCCCAUAGGCUCUCUCGGGCCGUCGUUUUGUAACCCGGAUUGGAAGCCCCUUAUAAGGGGCUCCCUGGCCCUUGUGCGCCCACCACCCGCGUCCUAAGCGAGGCGGGAGCGCCCGCUGGGGAAGCCUGGGAGCCGGGAGGGAUUGAGCGGGAAAUUCGAGUUUGAGCGGGGAACUGUGUGGGCAGCAGCGAAGGAAGUAAAGCAGCCCUUCUCAAAAUGCCAGCCUCCAGAGAAUGUGUUUCAUUAACAGCUACGUCACAGUUAUUUGCUUAGUAUUAUCAGGCCCGGAAAGUGAAGAUCCUCCUUACAUGUGGUGAGCGAGCAAUAGUACAAAGGGCUGCUAAUGUGUUUCUUCCAAAACAUGGGGGCGUUGGCUUCUUUUGAAAAUAACGAUCAGAUUUGCAUCCUUGUCACACAGUAAAAUCCCCCCCCCAUACACAUAUGUACAGUACAGUGGUACCUCAGGUUACAGACUCUUCAGGUUACAGAUGCUUCCGGGUUUCACCGCAUGAGCAGACGCGCAAAAUUAUGUCAUGCGCAGAAGCGGCAAAUUGCAACCCACGCAUGCACAGACACGCCGCUGCAGGUUGUGUUCCUUUCAUCCCGUUCACAACCAGAGGUACCACUGUACUAACAACCCAUGCAGUACUUUGGGGCUAGUGUGGCCCCUGCCUGGCUACUUCAACAAAAUAAUCCUCCAUUAGAUUGCUGGACCCAGGAAUUAGAAAGGACCCAUGCAGGAGAAGAAAUUCACUGUAUUUAUUUCCCCCGAUUUGAAUUGCAUUUAUUUUUCCCUGGUGGUGAUUUCAGGUUUUUUUUUAACAUUAAUCAUUUCAAGUUUUUAUAUGUCUUUUCCCAGGCCUUUUUAAUAAUUUCACAUUGCCACCACAUAUAGUCGCUCUUAUGCAUUUUACCUUCCCUUCCUGCUUCUUCUCUAUCACAGUCAAAGUCUCCCAAAUCUCGAGUUGCGGAUGUAAUCCGUCCUGGAGGCACAUCCGCAACUCAAAGCAUUCGCAUCCAGAAUGCAUAGCGCUUCUGCGCAUGGGUGAGCGGUGAAACCGGGAAGUAACCGUACUUCCAGGUUGCCGCGGGACGCAACUUGAAAAGACGUAAACUGAAGCAGACGCAACAUGAGUUAUGACUGUAAUACCAUUUUUGUCUUGAACUACUCUUACUUUCCCUUGUAUUUUCCUCGUACCUUCUCUCUCUACCAUUUUCACGUUGGUGGUUUGUGUGCUUGCCUCUUUUAAUUGUCUCACAGGCUCUGCCAGUACGUUAUUACUUUUGCAGAUUUGAGAAGCUGCCUUACUAACAUCUUUUAUCUGAUCAAACAGUUCUCUUUUCAUGUCUAAAAGAAAAUCAUACAAUUCAUCUCUUACGUUCUUUUGCAUUACGGCCUGAUUGGUUUGUUUUAACAUAUGGAUUUUUUCCUCUGCCAUUUCUAGUUUGGAGUAAGGGGGGGCUAACUCUCCCUGUUUCCAGCUUCCUCUAGGGUUUACUUUCAAAGCAAAAAGUCCUUUCCCACCACUAAUAGCGUUAUUUUUAGCUUCGUCAAUACUUUGCCAAGGACAUUUCAUUAGGUUCAGAAGAGGAAACCAGUGCUUCCAACUUUAUCCCUUCCCUCUCCCAUCUUACUCACAAAUAUAAUUUAUAACAGUUAUAUAUUCAAAUCUUUACAUCCAUUCACAUUCAGAUCAUUUCUAUAUAUUCAAUAUAAUAAGUGUGUACAAAUAAAUUUUGAUUCUAAUUUAGGCAGAGGUAAAGGGACCCCUGACCAUUAGGUCCAGCUGUGGCUGACUCUGGGGUUGCAGCGCUCAUCUCACUUUAUUGGCCGAGGGAGCCGGCGUACAGCUUCCAGGUCAUGUGGCCAGCAUGACUAUGCCGCUUCUGGCAAACCAGAGCAGUGCAUGGAAACACCGUUUACCUUCCCGCCGGAGCGGUACCUAUUUGUCUACUUGCACUUUGACGUGCUUUCGAACUGCUAGGUUGGCAGGAGCAGGGACUGAGCAAACGGGAGCUCACCCCGUUGCGGGGAUUCGAACCACCGACCUGAUUCUAAUUUAGUCCAGUAUUAAUAAUGGAUGUUCUAUUCCUCUUCUUUUGAUCUUGAUUUUAGCCAGCAAGUGCCUUUUAAUAAAUUAAAUCACAGUUAUAAUUCCAUUAGGUUAGACGUCUUCAGCACUUUUAUAGAACAUAAGUUUCUCUCUCAAAGUUAUAUGAUUUCCCAAGUGCUAAUCUUCAAAAAAUAAAUAAAUAUGCAGUUUUCUUCCUUCAAGAAACAUUGUAAUCCUUCUUAGAAUUAUCCUGCAUUCUACAUCAAGUUCAGUCUCACCAUAGGAUCCAGUCAAGUUCAGAUUAAGUUCAAGUCAAUAUCUUGUUUGAAAAGUCUUGAGAUUGGUAUGAACAAAAGCUGUGCGUAUUCCUUUUAUUCUAUUCACUUAUUAGUUAACUUAUCUCCCAAAGUAAAUUUCACCCACACUUCGCUUGUAUGUAUUUGGAGCUCGCAGCACCCAGAAUGGGAGUGGACUUUCUUUUAUCACUCCCAUUUUCUUGCCAGAUUCACCAAAUUACCGUAUUUUUUGCUCUAUAGGACGCACCCGACCAUAGGACGCGCUUUGGAGGCUUCGCGUUGCUAUCGCUGAAGCCAAGGAGCCUGCAUUCGCUCCAUAGGACACACACACAUUUCCCCUUAAAUUUUGGAGGGGAAAAAGUGCGUCCUACAGAGCAAAAAAUACAGUAGUCAGUCAAAUUAGUCAGAUUCCUCACCCUUCAAUCAGCACAAUUAUUGGAAAGAUUUCCGCUUGUGGCUGGAUCAGAGGCUUGCAUCUACACAGCAGCGAUGGUGCCUAGCUCACCGGUGUGCUCGGCUCCCCCCCCCCCCACUCUCUGCUCCUUUUGAAACAGGAGCAGGGACCAGCAAUGCCGUCUGUGAGCCGCAGGACUCCGAGACCCCCCAAUGCUCCUCUUGGGGUUUUUUGGGGAGGUGCAUCGCCCUAGCGCUCUUCCCCCAGGCUCCAUGAAGCCGAAUCUAACAGAGCCAUCAGAUUCGCAGUCCACUCACCAUGUUGCAGAAAUCCAGAAGUGAGUACUCGGUCUUUAAAAGGUUCGCCAUCAGUAGCCCCUCCCUCCCCCCCCCCAAAAAUCUGCGGUUUUUGGGAAUACAGGGCUGCUCUUAUGUUAAGAAGGCUGCUGCACAGUUUGAGCGAUGAGAGAAAGUAAUAAAGGCUUCACAAUUAUGGUGAAUAUGCAGACAUAGCUUUACAGAUGUUCAACAUACAUUAGAUGCCAUGCAAAAAUGUUUUUCUAUAACCAGGCCUUCAGCUGAUUAUGUAAUCUAUGGCUUUUAAAAUGUGUUUAUGCGAGGAUGGUUAUUGGCGUAUGUCUGUUAUUUUGUUAUGUAUUUUGUGUUCUCAUUUUAUAUUUUUAUAUUGUAAACUGCCCUGUGAUCUUUGGAUGAAGGGCAGUAUGCAAUUUUAAUUAAUAAUAAUAAUAAAUUUUUAGUUACCCAGAAUGCUGGAAAUAACUCUACUUCAGAAGCGAACAGCAGUGAAAAAUCAACUUCCACAGAUGAAAGUGAUCCGGAUUACUCCUUAGGAAAUGGCCGUGAGUACCAACAAGGAUACGUAGGGGAGUUUAAGGCAUGUAGUUCAGGGAAGAGAGGUUGGUCAUGCAAAGAGCCAGCAAACAAACCAGAAAGUCUUUCAUUAAUUAUAUUUCCAUUUCAUCUGAACCAGGAAACUAUAGUGAAAAGCUUUGAAACAAGCAGAAUAUUAAGCCAUUGCUUAAUAUCCUGGCUUGUUCCAAAGCUCUUAAGUGCUGUUUUCUGGUUUGGGUGAUGAGAGAAGUUCCAUUUAAUUGAAAUUUGGAUAAUGUUUCACCAAAUUAUGAUUUAAAAUGUGGUAGGGUUUCCAGAACAGUUCAAAGGCUUCAUGGAGUUCGUCUAGCACUGGGCACUGUCUUUAAUGCAGCGUGAAGAAGGAACUAGAAAUAAGUGUGUGUAAUUAAUUGGAAACAUUUUCUUAAGGAACAACAAAUGCAGUAAAGAGAAAGAGAAAAAGAAAGCAUCAAAUGCAAUAUACUGAAAGAUGGAAUGGUAGAAGAAUUCGAAAAGGUAAAAAGUUCAAUGCUGUAGAAUAUCACAAACUUUUCAUAUGGAUGUAAAAUUUCUGAGACUAAGCUUGCAGUUUUCUGCUGGCGAAGCCCAUCCUUUUCCUCACUGUUUUCUUCAUUUAGCCUGCCACUCAUGCCUUAGUGUUAAUAGUUAAGUACUUCAUUCCAUCACUCUGUUCUAGAACCUCACUGGAGUGGACUGGCAGAUUGUAAACUGCUUAGAGGUUUCAUUACAACCAAGCAGUAUAUAAAUUCUGUUGACUAGAUGAAUAUAAUUCACAAUCUUUUCACUUCUCUCUCAGAUUUAAAUUUACUCUUACUAGAAGUGACCUGAAUUACUUUCAGAUGAUAUGAAAUAUUCUGUGCUGCAUGUUGGUGGUCUGGAGUUUGGUAUCAGAUUUAUUUUCUAGAAGCCCAAAAUAUAGGAAUUUUAACUAUUUAACUUCGAUUUCUUGAUCUCAUCUAGUAAAACGAAGACAGAUUCAAAUUCAAGAGGAGGAUUUGCAGGGCUCCACCCUUCUUGUGCACUGUGGACAAGUUAAAGGUGUUUUGUAUAAGGAGAAAUUGGCAGCAGGUAAACUAUUGGUUUUGAAGAGUAUAUCUGUGUGUAUUAAAUCUGUACAAAGCAUAUAAUAUUAAUGGCAGAUUUAAAAAUUCGGAUGGGAAGGAUGCCAUCAUGUAGUUAGUAUAUGACUACCAUUUGCAUUUGGGGAAGAACACUUUCUUCUACAUAUCUUAUCAAAACAGAAAUAAGUCCCAUUUCAUUUACCGGUAUUUGUUCAUUUAAAAGCAUAAAUUCAGUGUAUUCAAAGACACAAAGCAGGGUCUGGUCUUAUGGGUCAGGGAAAGCUUGGGCAAAAAGCUAUAUCUUUACAUGACAUCGGUGUUCACUCAAAAUCUGGCCACAGUAUUCUUCACCAGCUUCAGAUUCUUGCCAAUCCCAAGGGAAGUCUCACAUAGAGUGCUUUAUAGUAGUCCACUUGGAAGGUUCCUAGGUAAGUGUAUAUAGAAGCCCCCAAAUUUUCCCCAGAAGACAGUUUAUUUUAUAUUAUACAUAUCCCAUUCUGCUUAUGGAGCCAGGGUAGCUUACAGCAAUUACUUCAGUAUCAUAAUGAUAUUUUCAGUCAUUUGAAUCCCUCUUAAAAGCACAAGUGAUUUCAUCAGCUUUAAGUAUUUCAGCAUGUAAUUUAUGAAUUUGACUAAAUUUUUUAUAGUUUUCACUUCCCGUAUACUGUGAAGUGAAAAGAAAUACCAGUACUUCUCUAUUGUCAGAACCAAAAGUAUGCAGAAAUGUGAUUGUAGAGUUUUCAGAUGGAUUGCCUCUUCAACCUACAAUUUUACAAUGACUAGCCAUGAGAUGGUUGCAGUAGCUGCUGCUUCUGCUUCUCCUUUGGCAAUCACUCGUAGCUGAGUAAUACAGCAAAUAGAAGGCACCUUUCCUCAGACACCGCUCAGCAACAUAGCCAAAUAAUGUAGACUGAAAAAUUACUCAAGGUAUCUUAGAUUUAAUCAAAGCCAGAUUGCCAUGCUGUACCAUUAAAAAAUAAGGCUAUGCAUGAUUCAUCUUAAAAAUAAGCAAUCAAACAAUUUUAUAUAACCAGCAUGUAAGCAAAUGAUGGAAUAGUUCAGCAGAGGAGCUGCUGAAGUAUCAAGACAGACUUGUGUUCCCUGAUCAGUGAUUCUUAUUGCAUACCUAUUUACAACAAAAUCAAACACUGAAUAGUUUUAGUCAGAAGCACCAAGCCUCAUGCAGAAAUUUAUUGUAGUGCCUAUAUCAGAAUCUCUGUUCAUAUGGUUUUUUUCUAAAGUAAAAAGGUAAAGGGACCCCUGACCAUUAGGUCCAGUCACGGAUGACUCUGGGGUUGCGGCGCUCAUCUCGCUUUAUUGGCCGAGGGAGCUGGCGUACAGCUUCUGGGUCAUGUGGCCAGCAUGACUAAGCUGCUUCUGGCAAACCAGAGUAGUGCACGGAAACGCCGUUUUCUAAAGUAUAUAUUGGAUAAAUUGUUGACAGAUUUCUUACAUGAUUCAGUGAACUUUGCUGAUUGGGAUAGGUGUGUAACAUUCAUGUGACUUCUCUGUUUGUCAUAGGAAUUUCGCAGAAGUCCAUCAAGGGUUCUGAUGGAAAGUGGUUCACGCCACCAGAAUUUGAGGCUGAAGGAGAACGUGAAAGCUGGAAAUCCUGGAAAAGAAGUAUCCGCCAUAAAGGGCUUCCUUUAGAAAAAUUAAUAGUGGUAUGCAGUUCACUUGUAAUGCCUGUAAUUUUAAUGCCUUAUUUUCUACAUGUGAUCUGAAAGAAGUAUCAGAUGAUACUUUCAAGUUUGCAGACAGUCACGCCUUUCCUUCUUAUAAUCACGAAUACAAUAUCCUGUCCUUAUGUAAUAAUAUAGUAUUGUUGUACCUUCCUUGUACCUGCUACAACAAUGGGAAGUGUUGGUGGUGAGAUAGACACAAAAUUAGACUAAAAGAAUUGGAAACAAAGGAAUUCCUUUUGCUUGCAUUUUCUGCUACUUUUUAUUCUUAUACAGUGGUACCUCGGGUUACAGAUGCUUCAGGUUACAGACUCCACUAACCCUGAAAUAGUACCUUGGGUUAAGAACUUUGCUUCAGGAUGAGAACAGAAAUCGUGCGGCGGUGGCGCGGCGGUAGCAGGAAGCCCCAUUAGUUAAAGUCAGGUUAAGAACGGACCUCCAGAACGAAUUAAGUUCUUAACCCGAGGAACACUGUAUGUUGCUCAGGUGUGUGCCAGUUAAAGGCAAGAGGUGUAUUUCCUGGAGCAAAGAUGUAUUAACAUUUUCAGGCACCUAUGACAAUAAUGCAUAUAAAUAUAUAUGGGAGUGAUGUGAGCAGUAUCUGUGCUAAGAAAUAGAGCCAACUUCUUAUAUACUGAUGUCAAAAAAUAGAUGUUUCAAAAAUAGUUCCCACUUCUUUGUGUGGAUUCCCUCAUUUCACAUGCUAUUUUGGGAUCCCACUAAUGCAUCAGAGUAACUAGUUAUGUCAUGCUUAUUUCAGAGUGGAUAUCUUCCUAAUCCAAAACGAAUAUACGGCAAGAGGAAAAAGGUAACAGUUUAUCAACAGUUUUACCAUAUUGGUGUGUGACAGCCAUGGAUAUUGUCAGUUUAUUCGUAUAUUAUAUUUUCCACAAAUACACCUGUGCUCAAAGCAGUUGACAUUUUAAAAUAUAUAUAAAAAAGGAACUGCACUAUCAGCAUGAAAAAAAACCCUCAGACUAUGGGUGCUGCCUGUGGGCCCUGGAAAGAUGAAAUGGUUGAGCCCACCACCACCUCCCUGUCAACGCUAGUAGACCUGUUGUGAAUGGAACUGGAAAAAAGUGUUGUCUCUGGAAGAUCUAGGGACUUCUACACAUAAUUAAGAGAUGUGCUGCAAUGACUGUGGCCUAACUGUGGGGCAGGCAUGAUGGCCAGGCAAUAGUAGCUGUCACCAAUCGGAAGCAAAGCAAGUAUGUCCACACUGAAACUUUUACAGGUACAAACAGUAUUGGAAGUAGGGUUGUGUAGAGCUGCCCUAAUAACAUCAUGAGCACAAGCACUCAUGAAAGCACAGUUAAAAGGAUGUCUGGUGAGGGCUUCCCGUUUGGCUUGCCAUGAUGGCGGUUGCCCAUUACAUCGGAGCCAUUUCGCACGGAAUAUUUUGAGGAUGGGAUGGGAGUAAUCAUCCUCCCAAUCGCCCCAGGCCUGGGGGGGGGGGGGAGCAGCUUCACUCGCAGGUCACUCAACACCUGCUCCCAAUCUGGGAGGAAUGAGGGGGCAGGGGGCACUAGGUGGAAAACACCAUGCGUCUCUUUGGCAACUUUCCGAAGUCACCACCAUGAGCAACAAACUCCUGUUUUUUAAGAUGAAAAUUUAGACUUAAUUAAUGGGCAUGCUCUGAGUGAGGGGAGAUAAACUACUCUGCUAAUUGAUUCAGCCACUGAGGUGCCAAAAGAUUCGAUUGGAAGAAGAAUUAUCAUCAGUACGGGACUGGUAUGUCGGAACGGAAGGGGGGCGAGCCUCCUUUAUUUCUUUUUCAUAUACUUCGCAUUUGCUAUUUUACUUGGCAAAUCUUCCUGGAAGGAUUGACUACUGGAUUGUUUAUGUACGCAAGCGGGACUGGAGAGUACUGUAUUCAUUGAAAUAAUUUUGGUCUAAUUAUUAACAGUUUGGAGAAGAUUUAUGAAUUUGCAAUUGUGGAAAUCAAGGUUUCUAGCUAAAGUACAGGCUUAAUUGCUUUGGAAUGAGAUAAAACGGAGAAGUUUGGACAUAUGCCUGGUAGAACUGGCAGAAAGCCAAAUUUCCUCCAUUUUGGGAUGUGUCGCAGUGGAUAAUCACAGGCGUGAGGAAGUGAAAGUGAAAUGCCACGAUCAGAUUCAGAGUACAAAGAAUAUAAAGAGAGAAAAAGAAUAUAAACACCCACACAGUAUUGAUUUAACUCGCUUGCCAGAUGAACUCGGAGGCUGUUAAAAACAAAUGAAGGAUUAACAUCGGAUUGACUUAUGGGAACUACCUGGAAGAAUUAUGAAAAGCAGCACAAAUGUGAGGUGACCGGCACUCCCUGACCUCAGAGCAUGGAAAACCAACCAAAGAUUUGUAAUUUGGCAUAAUAUUAGGACUGUUUGAUUAUUGUGUGAUUUGGAAUGUUUUUAAUGUGGUUUUACUGGAUUGUUAAAAUGGAAAAUUUAAUAAAUAUCAUUAUAAAAGGAUGUCUGGUGAGGCAGAGAAUGGGUCAGAUGAAGAACAGGAUCCAGGGACCAUGACUGGUAACCAAAGUAUGAUUUAUGGGCCAGAAAACAGUAAGGCAAGCUGAGAUUCUUGACAGCAGAUGAGAUGGCCUUUUACUGUAUUUGCCCCAAACAAAAGCUUGGUAAAUUAGGAAAGAGUAUAAACAAAAUGGGGAUAGGCAAAAGCUAAACUGAGAAAAGGUAGUUGGCACAGGUUGUGCCAAACACACCUGGCUGAGAUUAAUUUUUCUUACUAAUAGCUUCUGUGAUUGGAUGAUCUUCAGGGACCCAUCCAACUCUAGAACUCUAGGAAUCUAUUAUAAAAAAUGCAAGACUUGGUGCUGUGUUUUGCUGAAUGACACGCAGUUUGGCUAUGCCUGUUGAAUCAUCUGUGCCUAUUUUUAUUUAGCAGGUAAAGAAUCCAUCGACGCCAUUUUGCGAAUCAGCCCAGGUCCAGUCAUCAGGUCAGUGAAAACUUUCUGUGAGGUAUGUAUUACAAAGCAGUGAGAGUGUUGGGUUAAAUGUGGGAAGCCCAGGAUCAAAUUCAUGCCUUUGGGUCCAAGGCUGACUUUAUAAUGUGGUUGCACCAAAGGUUGCCUGGAAUGCCCAAUUUUGUAUUGUGGUAUUGUGAUGUAUGCCCUUUGCUGGGUGAAUCUUUGAAGUACCUCUCACAGAGAUAGGCAAAGUCAUUACCUGUUCCCAUUAGAAUGCUACCAUAAUUCAGGACAUGGAUUCCCUGGAUGCCCACAUAUGCGAACGUCAUUGAAGCUUUGAUUCUUUGGGGAAUGACAUGGCUACUGUGAAGAAUAGAGACAGUCAGUUACUGAGCUUCAUCAUCUCCCACCCUAGCUGUGGUCUGUCAUGAUGGCCCAGAAGAGGCCACACAAGGGCCAUCAGAAGAGGCCAUGCCCGAGCCAUCAGAAGACGCCACGCCAGGGCCAUCAGAAGAGACUACUCCAGUGGCACCUCAAUCACCAGGCAGGACCCCACACAAGCACCUUCGAGUGGAGCUGAGGCGUCUCUCACCAUCUGUACUCACCAGGGCAAGGUGCAACCCACUGGAUUCACCACAGACAAGCCCACCGGAUUCACCACAGGUGAGCCCACCGGAUUCACCACAGGCGAGCCCACCGGAUUCACUACAGGCGAACCCACCGGAUUCACCACAGGCGAACCCACCACCUGUGCUGAGGACACCACAUCGGAGAUGCCAUUGGCGCCGGAGCAUGAAGCCCCACACCAUGUGUGAGUCUGAUAGCCCCAGGCCCUACACCACGGGGCUACAGUUGCUGCAUCCUCUCUGCCUUGAUUUUUGGUGGGCAUGGGGAUUUGGGGGAGGUGGCUGGCAGAGGGAGCUGUCUGGGGUGGGAUGGCAGAUUUUCUCACUGGCACAGGAGGUGGAAUGGGAGUGGCUAUAGGGCUAGGCAGCUAGGGUUCCCUCCACCCACUGGAAUGAAUGUCAGAUGGGCAUUGGCUCUGCCAUGUCAUUAUUGUCUCAAUCAUCCUCUUCGUUUCUGUUUCCCACAGCAUCCAGCCUAGGACUUGCCAUCCUGCGUUCUGUGUACAAAAUGAAACGACUAUUCCAAAACACCUUUGGCAAUCGCAAAGCCUUGCAGGUGAAGCUCCAAGAUAUCAAUGGCCACCUAAUUGGCUUGCAGCAGCAACAUGCAGACCUAAAGAAAGCCCUGGACCGAUGCAGUCGGCUUAAUGCAGCCCUGGAUGUUUUGACAUUGCAGAAGCAAAUGAACAGCAUCAUUGAGCACCAGAGGCGACUGGAAACAUUAGUGCUGGAGAUCCUGGCAACACUGGGUGUGGAAAGGUCCUAGCCGUAAGGGAUGUUUCCCACCCACCCCUCCCCUGUAGAAAAGGAACAGAAAAUUGUGACCUACUAAGUCUCACUUGUCAUUUUGUUGCCAAUUCAUUACUUGGAGCUCCUUUCAAUCUUCAUAAGAUGUGAUUUUGUUUCCUUCCUCCUCAUCUCUAGUUCUAUCUUAGUUAUUAUCAAACUGUAUUCCCAUGAACUGAAGAGAUGUUCCAUGCAGUGUUUUACCAUUCACUGAUUUAUUGGUCCAGAUUAGUAAACCAGUUCUAAAAGAGGUUGGAUUUCCUAUUUCACUGGUAAAGUAUGGCAAAAACUAUGCAUUUUACAUAUUUUGCUAAUUAAGAAGCAUUGAUUCAUUUGUUUAAAUUGCAACCCAUCGUCUCCCAAAGGGGAUUCCCCAGGUAACUAAUGAAAGUUAAAAACAACAAGAUUACAAUAAAAUGUCCACGAUACUCAUGCACUAGAAAGCAAUAAAAUAUUUGCUAGUUUCGCCUUACCCUCCAAAUGCAGCCCAAAUGGUUCUUACUGUUUCAAGCUGACUUUGGGAAAGCUUCCAGGAGAACAAUUUUAUCAUUUAGGAGCAGCCAUGACACCUUUAAUGUUUUAACUCAGCUUAUGACAUGAAUUGCUACAAGGUGCUCUGCCAUUAGUAGCUGUGAGAGACAAGCUAUAAGGGACAAGCAGACUCACUCAAGGGCAGUCCACAAACACAAUAUCACAUAAUCAUAAGCAACACAUAUUAACUCAUAUUAGUAAACUCAUCAGUUGUUAUAAACUUUUAAGCCUGAAGGAGAUUUCUUAUAUACCAGACAUGUCUGGUAACCUGUGGGUUUCUGGAUAUUGUAGGACAGCAAUCCCCAUCAUCCCUUACAAUUGGCCAUGCUGGCUGGUGCUGACGGCAGUUUGAGUCCCUGCCCUCUUGAAUACUUUUGGUUCUAUAAUGUCCCCUUAGGCAGCUUGGAGUCCCCACAUUUCAGAGCAUCUGGGAAAAUCUGCUGUGCUUUGUCUGCUUGUUACAUGGUUUUUACAUAGUUUCCUCUUCAUGCUGCCUGAGAACUGGAACCAUAGCAAUGGCUCCUGUAGAACCUCAAAAGUGUCUGAUAAUUUAAUUUGCAGAGUAAUAGGGAAAAGCUUCUGGUUAAAUUUAGGUUGUAGCAUACUAUAGGAAUGACAUAAAGUAAUCUCAUUGACAAAGGAAGCAUGGAACUUGUUCAGGAAG